CAAUUUGAAGUACAAUGCUAAAUUGUAUUUAUUUGAGAUGUUAUUUUUGUUAUUUUAUUAUUUUAUUACUUUAAAAAUCAAAUAAGGAAAAAAUCUAUUGAAAUAAUAUUUAGAUUCCACAACAGGUCAAAACACUUUUCUUUCUUCUAUGACCUGAUGCACAAGACAUAUGUGAUUUCUUCAAUUUGAGAACUAUCGGUGACUUUAUAGAUAUAAUUCUUAGGGAGUUGCCAGAGGCAUAGGCACAUAUAUGUUAAACCAUUCAGCAAUAAUUACAUAACUAGUAAGUGUCAGAGGUAGGAUUUAUUACUAGGUAUUUCUGACUCCAAAUCCGGUCUUCUGUGUUCCUACUCAAUUCCACCAUGCUAUCAUUUAUUUUGUGACAUUAAUAUAGAAAUGAUUCAUAACCCCACAUCACUAAAAACUAAUACAGGAAAAGUGAAACUGAAGUUGAAUUUACAAUGUCAAGACAUUCUCAGCAUAGAAAAUCAUCAGAAACACCAUUGGAUCUUUUAUAUCCUCUUUUUGCUUUCCUUUAGUUAUUUCAGAAGUUAAUUUGGUGAAAUAAUUCAAAUUAUUUAAAUUUCAAAUUCAAAGGCACUCUUCUUUUGGUAACAAAGAAAAAGUAAAGUUCCUCAGAGCUAUAUCUUUUUACUUGGAUUUGUUAUUUUUUUAUUUUGAACUGUACAAAAAAAAAUAACUCCACAACAGUAUUUCAUUACAAAAAGUAGAACAGAAAGAAGGGAUUGUAUAUUAGGCCACAAAUCUCCAUUAUUUACAUUUUUCUUUGUAUGUAUGAAUAAUAAAUUCAAUAUGUUACUUUUAAAAUGUAUUACUUUUGUUUUCUUCUGCUCUUCCUUUUGUACUCUGGGCAAUUUAAAGAAAGAUCCUUAUUGUUCUCUCUGUCCUCCUUCCCUUUCUCCUUUCUUUUUAAUUCAUUAUUUCUUCUUUCCUUCUUUUUCUUUCUUCCUUCUUCCCUCUCUUUCAUUUCCUCUCUUUUCCCCUUCCUUCUUUUCUUUCUUAUGACAAGAGCCAUUCUCUCACAUAGGAGCAAAGGACCAUUAAUCAAAUUAUUUCUCUCUUCUCUUCUAAACUGAUGUAACUCUAAAAAAAAAAAAAAAAAAAAUCAUUCUCUCCUGAUGCCCCUGUUCAGUCCAAAGGAAACUUUCCAAGAAAUCCAUUUUCUAAAAAAAAACAAACACACAAUUCUGAGCUCAGACCACUAUAGUCUUCCUUUUGAGGGUAGUCAUGUCAAUCAUAAAACAAUCAGGUAGCAUUAGUAUCCAAAAUUUACUAGGAAAGUUCCUCUUGGGCCAUGAGUCCUUACAAAUUUUCAGUUGUGUAGAAUGGCUUUUAAGAACAUAGUUGUUUUAAGAUUAAAAGCUUCUUAGGAUCUCUUUUUAGCCUUAUGGGCUCACAUACUUGAGGAAAACAGAAAACAUUAGCUGCUUUUAAAAAGAAUUCCGUUUCUUUCUCCAACCCAAGCUUGGUAUUUAUUCCCCUUUUUACCCUAGUUCUCUAAAGGACUUCUUCCCUAAAAAUCGUAGAAUGGGCCUGUGAAACAGCCUAUUGAUUGCUAGAAGGAUUAGAGAGGAUUGCAUCGACUAAAGACUGAGCUCCUUUUAAACGAAUUUAAAAUAACACAUAUCUCAAUAUUUUGAAACGAAGUUGUGAAUGUUUACAGCAUUGAUCCAGAUCACCCUGUAGAAAAGAUAUUAUAAACUCUGUCAAUUUCCAAGUGGAAUUCAAGAUAAGCUGUCCUUUAAAAGAUAUGCAGUGCUUGAGAAAUCAGCAGAAUUAAGAGAAACAUAAUAAAACAAGCCGCAUGGUGGCGCUGGAAACUAAGAAGACCAAAGGAUCUGCUGACACGUUAAUACCGACAAAGACUGUUGGGAAGGAGAAAGGAAAUUUUGUUAGCUGGAACUGAGGGGAAAGACGUGUUUUGCAUAUACCUGAGAUUUCUAAGGAACGGAAGAUAAUUAUAUCUUCUGGAGGCCAUUUUCGGUUGAGCUGCUCUACCCAGGUUGAAAGGAAGGGGCCAAGGGAAUAAUGGAGCAGGAAUGGUCAAUGAUUCUACAACAAAGGCAAGUUCUUUUUUUCUUUGUUCUACUCUGUGUCGCUGGAGCAGCUUCAGAGCUGAAGCAGUUUUCUGUGGUGGAGGAGAGGGAGAGAGGUUCCUUUGUGGCCAAUGUGGCAAAGGCCCUGGGGCUGGAGGUAGGGGUGUUGUCGAAUCGCGGGGCUAGAGUCGUUUUCAAUGGGAACAAAGAAUAUUUACAGCUGAACCGCAGAACUGGGGAUCUGCUCUUGAGAGAGAAACUGGAUCGGGAGGAGUUGUGCGGCCCCGCUGAUCCCUGUGUGCUGCCAUUUCAGAUCCUACUGGAAAACCCCUUUCAGAUUGUUCAAGCUGAAUUAAUGGUAGAAGACAUUAAUGACCAUUCCCCAGUGUUUCUAGACACUGAGACAGUAUUAAAAAUCCCAGAGAGCACUUCCCCUGGAACAGUAUUUGUACUAGAAAAUGCACAGGAUUUAGACGUAGGAAGCAACAGUCUAGAGAACUAUACGAUCAGUCCCAACUCCCUUUUCCAUAUUCAAAUUCGAGAUAGCAGUGAGGGCAAGCGAUACCCAGAGCUUGUACUCGAUAAAACACUGGAUCGGGAAGAGAAGUCUCAGAUCACGUUAACUCUCACUGCAGUGGAUGGGGGAGUGCCACCCAGGUCUGGAACCGCCCAAGUCCAAAUCUUCGUAGUUGAUAUCAAUGACAACGCCCCAGUAUUUGCUCAGCUACGUUAUGAGGUUAAGAUCCCUGAGAAUAGUCCCAUCGGAUCCAAGGUUGUCACAGUUUCUGCCACAGAUUUAGAUGCAGGGAAGUAUGGAGAAAUAUCUUACACAUUUUUGCAUGCCUCUGAAAACAUUCGAAAAACUUUCCACCUUAAAGAGGAAUUAGGAGAACUUUAUUUAAAGAGAAAAGUGGAUUUUGAGUCGACUCAAUCUUACACUAUAAAUAUCCAGGCCACCGAUGGUGGGGGCCUUUCAGCAGAAUGUACCGUUAUUGUUCAGGUGAUGGAUCUGAACGACAAUCCUCCAAAGCUGACUAUAUCUUCACUUACCAGCCCCAUCCCAGAGAAUUCUCCUGAGACAGUGGUUGCUGUCUUCAGAGUUUCAGAUCUGGAUUCUGGGGAAAAUGGAAAGAUGGUUUGCUCCAUCCAAGAUGAUCUUCCUUUUGCCCUAAAACCUUCCGUUGAAAACUACUACACAUUGGUAACAGAAGGAGCACUAGACAGAGAGUACAAAGAUGAAUACAAUAUCACUAUUACAGUGAUGGACUUGGGCUCCCCAAGGCUCAAAUCUGAAUAUAAUCUCACGGUGCUUAUCUCUGAUGUCAAUGAUAACCCUCCCAUGUUUUCUGAGAGAACCUACAAAGUGUAUCUUCAGGAGAACAACAGUCCUGCCCUCCACAUUGGAAGUGUCAGUGCCAGUGACAGGGACUCAGGAAUCAAUGCCAAAGUCACCUACUCUCUGCUGCCUCCAGAGACUGGAGAACUGCCCCUCUUCUCCUAUAUCUCCAUCAAUUCAGAUAAUGGUCAUCUCUAUGCUCUGAGAUCUCUGGAUUAUGAAGCCAUUCAAGCUUUCCAGUUCAUUGUGAGAGCAGCUGAUGGUGGCUCUCCGUCACUGAGCAGCCAGGUUCUGGUUCAGAUUGUGGUACAGGAUGAAAAUGAUAAUUCUCCCUUUGUUCUGUACCCCCUGCAAAAUGGCACAGCUCCCUGCAAUGAUCUGGUGCCCAGAACUGCAGAGCCAGGUUAUCUGGUGACCAAGGUGGUAGCUGUGGAUAGAGACUGGGGGCAGAAUUCCUGGCUUUCUUAUCAGCUGGUCAAGGCCACAGACCCAGGUCUCUUCACUUUGUGGGCCCACAAUGGUGAAGUUCACACAGCAAGACCCAUCAGUGACAAAGAUGCGAUCAAGCAGAGGCUCCUGGUGUUGGUGAAGGACAAUGGGCAACCACCUCUAUCCACAAUGGCCACAAUAAAUGUAUUCCUGGUAGAUGGUUUUUCAGAGCCCUACCUGCAGUUACCAGAUGAACCUAAGGAGCAGGUCCAAACUGAUUCUCUUACCACUUACCUAAUCAUUUCCCUGAUCUCUGUCUCCUUUCUCUUCCUUGCUUCUGUUAUUACCUUCAUUACCAUUCAUGUGUGGAAGAGGAAGAGAGAUGCUGCUGAUGGUAGUCAUUUUAAUCCAAAUGGCCCCUUCCCAGACCAGUUGGUGAAUGUCAGUGGCACAGGGACUUUGUCUCAGAGAUACCAAUAUGAAGUUUGCCUGAGCAAUGGCUCAGGGAUCAGUGAAUUUAAGUUCUUGAAGCCCAUUAUUCCCACCCUUUCACCUGCUGAGGGAAGUGGGCAGAACUCUACUGAAAACCCACAUUUAAGAAAUAGCUUUUGUUUCACUUAAUGUUUUGCCCUUUGUUUCAGUGGAUCAUCCUCCCACCUCCCAACGUUGAUUUUCUUUCUGUAGCAAAAAAUACACUUCUAUGAUAUCCCAUUUUAUUAUAAUAUUCAUUCUCUUCUCCACUUUCACAAACAUUUUGCCUUUCUCCUUGCAUCCUUAAGUUGAAAAGCCUUCAUCUUGUUAUUCUUCUUUUGUAUUGGAUUUUUUUUUCUAGUUUACUCAAAUUUCUUGAUUUUUAGCAAAGUGAACUUGAAUACAUUCUCUGUCCCAUUUCAAACUUAGACUUUUAAUGCUUGUGAUCAACGAAUUUAACAAAUGUGUUGAACAUCCUCAGAUUUGAUUUUUAUGGAAUUCUCUGUUUUGAAAAUCAUUUGCUGUAUUAUAUGUUAGAAAAUGUUUUCCAAACCAGGAUACUAAUACAUUGUUGGUGGAGUUGUGAACUGAUCCAACCAUUCUGAAGAGUGAUAUGGAACUAUUGUCUCUCCCCC